AUGUGUGUGCGUGUGUCUGAUCAAGCGGAGCACGGGCCGGACAGCCAGGUGGUGCUGCUGGCGCUGCCGGGGGUGGACCUGGAUGCGGUGCAGAUGGAGGUGUCGCGGCAGUGCGACGCGCUGCCCCGCAGCGACACCGCGCGCAAGGCGCUCGCGCACAGCUGCGUAGUGACGGUCAGCGGCAAGGAGGAGGCCUGCCGCAUCAGCAAUGCGUACGCCCCCGAGCACCUCAUAGUGAACGUCGAGGACGCAGAGUCGUGGCUGCCCGCCCUCGACAACGCGGGGUCCAUCUUCAUGGGCCGCUGGACGCCCGAGUCGGUCGGCGACUACGCGUCGGGCACCAACCACGUACUGCCGACGUACGGCUACGCGCGGAUGUACAGCGGUGUCAGCCUGGAGAGCUUUACUAAAAAGAUGACAGUGCAGAGCCUGAGCUUCGAGGGGCUGCAGGCGCUGGGGCCGAGCGUGGCGAAGAUGGCGGAGGUGGAGGGGCUCGACGCGCACCGGCGGGCGGUGACGCUGCGGCUAGGGAUGAGCUAG